UUCUGAGCAUGAACGGAAGUCGUUCUCUGAGCAGGCUCCGGCGAUUUAAUGAUAGGUGGACAAAGUAACCCUCCUCCAUUCUGUUCUUCCGGACGCUCACACCCUAAAGAUGGCGACGCCGUGAGUAAGUGACAAGCGACUGCACUUCCGCAGUUUUCCUGCGCCCUGGUCCAAGAUGGCGGACGAGGCCACUCGGCGGGUCGUGUCUGAGAUCCCGGUGCUGAAGACUAACGCCGGACCCCGAGAUCGGGAAUUGUGGGUGCAGCGACUAAAGGAGGAAUAUCAGUCCCUGAUCCGGUAUGUGGAGAACAACAAGAAUUCGGACAAUGAUUGGUUCCGACUGGAGUCCAACAAGGAAGGGACCCGGUGGUUUGGAAAAUGCUGGUACAUCCACGAUUUCCUCAAAUAUGAGUUCGACAUCGAGUUUGAAAUUCCUAUCACAUAUCCCACUACUGCUCCGGAAAUUGCAGUCCCUGAGCUGGACGGGAAGACAGCAAAGAUGUACAGGGGUGGCAAAAUAUGUCUGACUGAUCAUUUCAAACCUUUGUGGGCCAGGAAUGUGCCUAAAUUUGGACUAGCUCAUCUCAUGGCCCUGGGGCUGGGUCCUUGGCUGGCAGUGGAAGUCCCCGAUCUGAUCCAGAAGGGCGUGAUCCAGCACAAAGAAAAAUGCAGCCAAUGAAGGACUACGCCCCUGAGGCCGGACUGAGGGACCAUGGCUAGGCUCCAUUCCUGUUUGCUCCUUUCUCAGGAUUCCUUCAAGGGUCACCUCUGGCUGUUACAAAGUAGCUGGAGGGACAAAUAGAAAACCCAACAAUAGGGCAAGGUCACAAAGUUUCUAAAUGAAACUGUACAGAGAGAUGAAAGAUUUGGGCCUUGAAAUAGGCAGUUUGUAUCCCUUCUCCAAGUAGAGCCCUGGAGGCAUUUUGGAGGCCUGGGGUGUAUCUUACAGCACAUAGCUUUUUGGUUUCUGGAGACAACCUGUCAAUAAAAGCUGCUUCCCCUGGUA